AUGUUCAAUUUUAAUCAAGAUAUCCUCAAAUUAUGUAAAGAAGAAUAUUUAAUCUAUUCACGACACCUAAUUCUAAAUGAGAUUGGUUUAGUUGGCCAACAAAGACUCAAACAGGCCAAUAUUUUAUGUAUAGGAGCUGGUGGUUUAGCAUGUCCUGCUAUUUUAUAUCUAGCUUCAUCAGGAAUAGGAUCUAUUGGUAUUAUUGACAGUGAUAUAGUAUCAAUUUCAAACUUACAUCGACAAGUUCUUUAUACAAGAAAUAAUAUUAAUGAAUUAAAAACUAAGUCUAUUAAAAAAAGAAUAGAAACCAUUAAUCCUUAUUGUAAAACUCAUAUAUAUUCUUAUAAAUUAACUAAAGAGAAUGCUUUAGACUUAAUAAAAAAUUAUGAUCUUAUUUUGGAUACGAGUGAUAAUUUUGAUACUAGAUAUAUAAUAGAUGAAGCUUGUAAUAUACUACACAAAAUACAUAUAUACGGAGCUGUACAAAAUUUCGAAGGACAAAUAAGCGUUUUUAAUUAUAAAAAUGGACCUAAAUAUUCAGAGAUAUAUCCUCGAACUUCAGAUUUAGAAAUGAAUAAUUGUAACAAGAUUGGAAUUCUAGGUAUUGUACCAGGAAUUAUUGGUAUUUUACAAGCGACAGAAGCGUUAAAAAUAAUACUUGGUAUAGGGAAAAUUUUAAGCGGAUAUAUAUUGAUAUAUAAUGCUCUUAAUAUGUCAUUCUACACAAUACAAUUACCAAUUACAAAUACUCGUACAAUUCUUAAAAAUCAAACUAGUAUAUAUAAAAUAGAGCAAGCAAAAAUUAUAUUAGUAAAUGAACUAAAAAAGAAAAUUGAAUAUAAAGAGCAAGUUUUCAUAAUUGACGUCAGACAGAUUCAAGAAUUCAAUCAAUAUCAUAUUCAUAAUGCUUUUAAUAUACCAUUACAAAAACUCAAACAAAAAAAAUAUAUACAAUUCAUUUAUCAAAAUUUAAUUAAUAAAACUAUAAUUAUUUACUGUAGUAAUAAUUCUCGCUCUAUUAUAGGAUCUCAAAUAUUAAAUAUACAUAAGAUUAAUCACUACAGAUUAAAAGAUGGAUUACUUAAAUGGUUACCAAUGCAAUAG